UCGAAGCUGGGGGAGCUGCUUUCAGCACAUUGUCCCACCCAGGGGGAGCUGCUUUCAGCACAUUGUCCCACCCAGGACGGGCGGCUGGGCCGGCAGUGCCUUCUCCACUGCCCCGGGCGUGCUCUCCAUCAUCCCUGACCCCGGCGGCCUGGCCGCAGGCAGCAGGAACAGGGAAGGGCUGGGAGGUGCCUCUCCUGACCCCUGGACCACAGGUGGGCGGGGGCAGGGAGCUGGAGGCAGGGCCAAGGGACUGUUCAGCACAGCCCGACCUGGGGUCCCCAGGGCCGGGGGACUGCCCGCUGUGGCUGUUGCUCCCCAGGCCUCACACCGAGUGGACGUGUUUAUGGUUUGCGAGUGUGAGUCUGCCGGGGCCCUUCUGCAUGCCAAGCACACGGGCAAGCAAAACGAGGAAGCCAGGGGCUCAGAGAGCCGCCGGGCGAUCCCCUGAACUGGCCAAGCUGGCCACACGGGGCACCGUCAGAACCUCUGCAGGUGGGCACUGCCUGUGGCUGCUCCAGGUGACGGGGGCAGCCCAAGGGGGAGGCUGCCGGCUGCCGGCUGGGUGAUGCUGGCAGGGUUGGGAGAGAGGCUGCCGGGCCUGGCUCCUCCUCUUCCUCCCCCGCCUGGAGCUCAGGGUCGGGCCUGGUGCCUCGCCCAGCACUUGUAUUUGAAAGUCUCUCCGGCAGUGUCCGGGAUUAUCGGUCAUCCCUGGCAGGGCUGCUUUUGAUUUUCAAGGGCGCCCAGUCGGCCCGCCGGGCCCGCGCCUCCUGCGCGGAGAGAUGCAGUGUGUGAGCUCGGUGCUGCUCGGCUACGGCAGCUAAUUAGACGUUUGCGCCUCAGUCAGCUGGCCAGAGGCCGCCCAGCGCCGGAGACCCAAAUCCUGCAGAAACAAGAAAGGGGCGAGGAGGGACAGGCUCUUGUCCAGCGUGGCUGCGUGCCGGCCCAUGCUAAUUAGGCAUUUGUCCCUUCGUCUGGGGUGACAGAAAAUGGCAGUUGCUGUGGUCUUUAACUGCCAUCAAACUCCUGUCCAAAUACUCCAGCCUGCCCAGCCUGCUCACUCGCUAUUGGUGGAGGGAAAACUUCCUUUGGCACACCCAGGAGGAGGAGGAGGAAGCUGGGCCUUCCACGCACCACGGAAAGAUUCAUUCUGAACCAGCUGAAGGACACGCUUUAAAUCAGCAGUCCUGCUGCGCUUGGUAAAAUCAGGAAGGGGGACUGUGUCCCAAACUGAAAGCUAAGUUUCGAGCCAGCGCUUUCUCCCCAGGCCACCCCAGGGGGCCGGCUUCUCACUGAGUGAAAGUUUUGUCGUUGGUAAAUCCAAGGUCAAAACGCAGCACUGCGUCUGUCUGGCACUGUGUUUUUACAGAUAGAUCUUUAAUUUUCUAGCUUAACGGUCAGAUUGCUUUAUCAUUGCUUAUCGUGAGUGGGUGAAAGAGCCAAGUAAUGACACGUCUUAAACACUGGUAUCUGGUCGUAUAGGCAGAGAAAACGGACUCGGUGGCUCUGUAGGAGCAGGAGGGGCAACCGCCUUGCAAAAGCACCUUCUUGCUCGUGGCUGGAGAAGGGGGUUCUCAGUGGGAAGAGCGAAGCUGGCCCCAUGGUGAGGUCUGUAAGAGAACCCCGACAGUAAUGACAGAGACGUGGUGUCUGAGGCGGCGGGCCAGGCUGGAUGGAGGCUCUACUCCCGGGCGCCUGCCUCCAGCCAGGGCCUCGAGGCCCCGAGCCGGUCCCCAGCGUCUUCCUGCCCCGAAUAACUUUUGUUACUCGCUUUAUGUUCACGCAUCCCUGCGGCGCAGAAGUGCUGGCUGUCCCUUGGCCGGCCUGCCUGGUACCGGCUGAAAAGGUACCAUUGUUUGUUCUGCAAACACUGGGUGAUGUUUGUUUCCAAGGUGACUGGUUCUACUGCUGCCCUUUAAGCCAGGGGGGGAUGGGAGGAGAAAGCUGGCUCCGGGCACCCUCGAACAUCCUGGUCUGGGUCCAGUCUGGGUGCGUGCGAGCGCGUGUAAGUUGAAAUAUUAUUUUAAGCCAGGCGGUGGGAGGGAGCGGAGUGUGGGAUGGGGAAGACAGUGUCGGUCACGUUAAAAAUUCCAGAAAGGGCUGAUGGUUCCCUCCUUUGACGUGGGGGGCUGUGGUAAGGGAUGUGGCCCCGAAGGCCCGCCGAGGCCGACCGAGACCAUCUUUACCUCCGCAGAAGUCAGAGCUAAGGGAAGGAGCCGGCUGGCGAUGAGCGCGGGGACGUUCGUCUGUGCACAGGCCCCCCGCGGCCGCUGCCCCGCGAACACAGAUGCUGGUGUCUGAGGAAAGCGCCAUCGACGAGGCCCUCCCGAAAAACAAAAAAAAAAGCCCGCUGCUCCACUUCUGCUGCAGAGCUGGUGGCUUUGAGGAUCCGCCCUGCCCAAGCGCCAGCUCCCCAGUGAGGAGGGCCCGCUCCAGGGAACAGGACCGACAAGUGAGGCUGAGACAGAGAGACAGACAGACUGAGCGCAGACCCGCCUCCUCACAUCGGACGCAACGGCGAGGGGCACGGUUAUCAGAGGGGACGGAUAUGGAGUCCUUAGACGUGUAGCCCGGCCCCAUGACGUCCAGCUCGCCCGCCGGUGGGGACGGUGCCAACUUCACCAUCGACAGCGCGAUGUCAGCGGCCAUGAGUGUGGGGAAGGUGUCCGAGAAUGGGGGGAGCCCCCCGGGCAUCAAGUCCCCCGCGAAGCCCUCGGGACCAAACCGCAUCGGCAGGAGGAACCAGGAGACGAAAGAGGAGAAGUCCUCCUACAGCUGCCCGCUGUGCGAGAAGCUGUGCCCCACGCAGCACCAGCUCACCAUGCACAUCCGCCAGCACAACACGGACACCGGCGGGGCCGACCACGCCUGCAGCAUCUGCGGCAAGUCGCUGAGCUCGGCCAGCUCCCUGGACCGCCACAUGCUGGUGCACUCGGGCGAGCGGCCCUACAAGUGCGGGGUGUGUGGGCAGUCCUUCACCACCAACGGGAACAUGCACAGACACAUGAAGAUCCACGAGAAGGACCCCCACAGCACCCCCUCGGCCGCCCCUCCGUCCCCCCUGAAGCGCCGGAGGCUGUCGUCUAAGAGGAAGCUGAGCCACGAUGCCGAGUCAGAGAAGGAGGACCCGGGGCCCGCCAAGAAGAUGGUGGAAGACGGGCAGUCGGGAGACCUAGAGAAGGCGGGUGACGAGGUGUUUCACUGCCCCAUAUGCUUCAAGGAGUUCGUCUGCAAGUAUGGCCUGGAGACCCACCUGGAGACCCACUCCGACAACCCGCUCAGGUGUGACAUCUGCUGUGUCACCUUCCGUACCCACCGAGGACUGCUCCGCCACAACGCGCUGGUCCACAAGCAGCUCCCCAGGGACGCCAUGGGCCGGCCUUUCAUCCAGAACAACCCUUCCAUCCCCGCCGGCUUCCACGACCUGGGCUUCACCGACUUCUCCUGCCGGAAGUUCCCCCGGAUCUCCCAGGCCUGGUGCGAGAACAACCUGCGCAGGAGCAUCAGCGAGCACCACCGCUUCGUGUGUGACGCCUGCGACAAGGCCUUCCCCAUGCCCGCCUCACUGGCCCUGCACCGGCAGACUCACGCCACCGAGCCGGGGCGGGAGGGGCCGCCCACCCAGGCCCCCGCCGGUGAUGCCUGCGACCAGAAGGCCUUCUUGGCUGCCCUGGGCCUGCAGCCCACCAAGGAUGCCAGGCCGGCCCCGGCCGAGGAGCCGCUGCCCGACGAUAACCAGGCCAUCCAGCUGCAGGCGCUCAGGUGCCCGCUACCUCAGGACCCCGGCUGCGCCGCCAUGCUGGGGCUGUCCGCCCUGGAGGCCGCCUCCCUGGCCGUGCUCCCCGCCUCCAAGGAGGGCGUGAAGCGCCUGUCCCUGCAGCCCUUCCAGAAGGGCUUCAUCAUCCAGCCCGACAGCAGCAUCGUGGUCAAGCCCAUCUCUGGGGAGUCGGCCAUGGAGCUGGCGGACAUCCAGCAGAUCCUGAAGAUGGCGGCCUCGGCCCCCCCGCAGAUCACGCUCCCGCCUCUGUCCAAGGCCCCUGCCGCCGCGCCCCUGCAGGCCAUCUUCAAGCACAUGCCCCCGCUGAAGCCAAAGCCCCUGGUGGCCCCACGCACGGUGGUGGCCACAUCCACGCCCCCGCCGCUCGUCAACACCCAGCAGGCCUCCCCCGGCUGCACCAGCCCCAGCCUGCCGCCUCCGCCCCUGAGGCUGCUCAAGGGCUCUGUGGAGGCCGCCUCCCACGCGCACCUGCUGCAGUCCAAGUCGGGCGUCCAGGUCAGCGCGGCCGCCCCUCUCUUCCUGCAGCCCCCGCGGGUGGAGCUCCCCGGCCCUGCCGAGAUGAAGGCACAGCUGGAGCAGGACAGCCUCCUGGAGGCCCUGCUGCCCCUGAGCAUGGACGCCAAGAUCAAGCAGGAGAUCACCGAGGGAGACUUCAAGGCCAUCAUGGCUGGCCCCGGCGGCGGCAAGAAGACGCCGGCCAUGCGCAAGGUGCUGUACCCCUGCCGCUUCUGCAACCAGGUGUUCGCGUUCUCGGGCGUGCUGCGCGCACACGUGCGCUCACACCUGGGCAUCUCGCCCUACCAGUGCAACAUCUGCGACUACAUCGCGGCUGACAAGGCCGCGCUCAUCCGCCACCUGCGCACGCACAGCGGCGAGCGGCCCUACAUCUGCAAGAUCUGCCACUACCCCUUCACCGUCAAGGCCAACUGCGAGCGCCACCUGCGCAAGAAGCACCUCAAGGCCACGCGCAAGGACAUCGAGAGGAACAUCGAGUACGUGGCCAGCAGCGCGGCCGAGCUGGUGGACGCCUUCUGCGCGCCCGACACCGUGUGCCGCCUGUGCGGCCGGGACCUGCAGCACCACCGCGCGCUGCGUGUGCAUAUGCGCACCCACUGCGCGCGCCCUGGGCCCCGCGCGCGCAAGCCCUUCGAGUGCCGGGAGUGCAGCGCCGCCUUCACCGCGCGCCGCAACUGCGUGCACCACGUGCUCAAGCAGCACCUGCACGUGCCCGAGCAGGACAUCGACAGCUACGUGCUGGCGGCCGACGACCUGCCCGGCCCGGCCCCUGGUGCCGGCGAGUGCAAGCCCCUGGCCGCCUUCCUCGAGCCCCAGAACGGCUUCCUGCACGCCGGCCCUGCCCCGCCGCUGCCGCACGUGGCCAUCAAGCUGGAGCCGGCCAGCGGCUUCCCCGUGGACUUCGGCGAGCCCCUGGACUUCUCCCAGAAGGGCCUGGCCCUGGUGCCCGUGAAGCAGGAGGGGGCCACCUCCUUCCUGAGCGCCGCUGCCUCAGGGCCCUACGACUGUUCCAUGGAACCCAUCGACCUGUCCAUCCCCAAGAACCCGCGCAGGGCCGACAAGGAGCCGGCGGCCCCUGGGGAGGCCAGGAGACCAGAGCAGGAAGCAGGCAGCGCGGAGCCCGGCCCCUGUCCACCCACCGGCCCUGCCUUGCCCCUGGCCCCGGGGCCCAACGGGGUCCUGGAGAAGCAGGCGGCCCCCGCUGCUGUGGCCUCCGCCUUGGAAGGGCAGGGGCAGCCCCUGCAGGGUGCCGUCCAGCUGGCCGUGCCCAUCUACUCCUCCGCCUUGGUCAACAGCUCCCCGCUGCUGGGGGGCUCCACCCUCCUCAGCAGCCCGGCCCUGCUGCGGCCCUUGCGCCCCAAGCCCCCCUUGCUCUUGCCAAAGCCCCCCGCGUCGGAGGAGCUGCCCCCACUGGCCUCCAUCGCUCAGAUCAUCUCGUCCGUGUCCUCGGCCCCCACCUUGCUGAAAGCCAAGCCCGGAGCCGACCCUGCGCCCCCCGCCACAGGCAGUAACGGCCCCUUCCCAGAGGGCUCGGGAGGCCCCACCCCCAGAAGCGCCCCCGCCGGCUCUGCCAGCCCCAAGGACUCUUGUGACCCGCCCCCCGCCGCCAGCAGCCCCGAGGCGGCCUCGCCCCCCGAGCCGGGGCCCGCUGGGCUGUCCAAGAAGAGGGGCCGGAAAAGGGGGGCCAGGAGCCAGCCCCGCGCAGGCAGUGGUGGGGUGGACCUGGACUCGAGCGGGGAGUUCGCCAGCAUCGAGAAGAUGCUGGCCACCACAGACACCAACAAGUUCAGCCCGUUCCUGCAGACGGCCGAGGAUGACGCCCAGGACGGGGUGGCCGGGGCGCCCACCGAGCACGCCGGGGCCAGCGACGAGGAGCCGGGCGGGCCCCCCGAGGAGCCGGGGCUGCGGGCCAGGCGCAACUCCUACGCCGGCUGCCUGCAGAAGAUCGCCUGCCCCCACUGCCCGCGCGUCUUCCCCUGGGCCAGCUCCCUGCAGCGCCACCUGCUCACCCACACUGGUCAGAAACCCUUCCCUUGUCAGACUUGCGACGCCAUCUUUUCCACCAAGUCUAACUGUGAACGCCACCAGUUGCGCAAGCACGGACUUACCGACCACUCCCCGAGAAGAAACGGGCUUAUCCCCCAGGCCCACGAGAGUGAUGCUGGACCCCACCAGAGCCCAGACAGCCAGUCAGACGUGGAGACGCCGGCCGCCGGAGCCCACGCGCUGGACCUCACCUCCAGGGAGAAGGAGCAGCCAGCGGAGGGGGCCCCGGAAGCCAGCCUGGAGGCAGAGCAGCCCACAGAGGUGGGGGCCCAGGGCGCCACCAGCACGGUCCUCGACGGGGAGGACGGGGCGGCCGCGGGGACCCCGGAGCCAGAGGACAGGCACAGCGCGGAGGAACGGGACGAGGAGGCGGACGGCCCCGAGGAGGACACCGUCAGCAACAAGAGCCUGGACCUGAACCUGGCCAGCAGGCUGAUGGGCUUCAAGCUGGCCGCGGGCGGCGGGGGCCCCACCCAGCAGGACCAGAAGCACGCCUGCGACGCCUGCGGCAAGAGCUUCAAGUUCCUGGGGACCCUGAGCCGCCACCGGAAGGCCCACGGGCGCGAGGGGCCCCGGGAAGAGGCCCAGGCUGCAGGCGGGGCAGACGAGGGGGCCCCCGAUGGCCCCCCGGGUCCCGAGCCGGAGGAGAAGCCUGCCGGUCCCUCGGCCCCGGAGCCCCCGGCCAACGGGGAGUCCUCGCCGGAAGCCUCUGCCGAGAAGCCAGGCGAGGAGGCGGAGGGCGCCUCUGACGGGGAAGGCCCAGCCGAGAAGAAGCCCUCGGAGAAGAGCGACGAGGACAGGAAGCCAAAGACGGACUCGCCACGGGGCGCGGCCAGCAAGGCGGACAAGAGGAAGAAGGUCUGCAGCGUGUGCAACAAGCGCUUCUGGUCGCUGCAGGACCUGACCCGCCACAUGCGCUCCCACACAGGAGAGCGGCCGUACAAGUGCCAGACCUGCGAGCGCACCUUCACCCUGAAGCACAGCCUGGUUCGCCACCAGCGGGUCCACCAGAAGGCCCGGCCCACCGAGCAGCACGGGAAGGACAGCGACAGGGACGAGCGGGCCGAGGACGACAGUGGCAGCGAGUCCACCCACAGCGGCACCAACGCCGUGUCAGAGAGCGAGGCCGAGGCCGCCCGCCUGGCCGCCCCCCACCCAGCCAUCACCCGGAGCCGGAAGGAGGCCGGCCGGAGUGCCCCCAGGGCCGCGGCCAGCCCCCGGGAGCCGGCGUCUCGGGGGGACGCUGAGCGCGAGAGCCCGGUGGCCCCGGCCCAGGACCCGCAGGAGCCGCCGGGCAGGCGGCCCGCCCACCCCGUCCUGGCCACGGCCGACGGGGCCUCGCCGCUCCUGGGCAUGGAGUGAUGGCCGCCGCCCGGCGCGCACAGAGCCAGCAGAGCAAAGCGUCCCGAGUCUGGACUUCCCGAGGCAUCCUGGUGCCCAUCACCAUCGGGAGGGACGGCCGGACCAGAGCGGCGUCCCCGCGCCGUGGCUUCCCGCCCGGAGCCCAGCUCCGCGGUCAGUGCCUUAACUACUUUCCAGCCCCCAGCCCUGCAGGGCGGCGUUCUCCCAGGACGACUUCGAGCCGAGCAGGUGUUCCAUGAAUUCUCCGGAGAGGACGUCGUCCGCCAAGCAUUAACGUGCCCUCCUGUGCCGCGUGGCGCCCGCGCUGGCCGCUCUGUGCUGCCGUCCGUGCCCCGGA